CGAGGAGGGAAGGUCUCGCGAUGGCGGAGGAGUUCUUCUGGUCCGAGAGCGACGAGCCUCACGCAUUGAGGCGGCGCCAGAUGCUAGCCGCGUAUCCGGAGAUCAAGGAGCUCUUCGGGCCAGAUCCAUCGGGCUUCUUUAAGAUUUCCGGCGUGGUGCUGCUCCAGAUUUGCGCCGCGGCCUUGGUCCGCGAUCUCGGUUGGCCCUUCAUCGUCCUCCUCGCGUAUUUCUUCGGCGCAUUCCUCAAUCACAACCUCUUCCUUGCGAUCCACGAGCUGAGCCACAAUCUCGUCUUCGCCACGCCGCUCCUCAACAAAAUCCUCGGGAUUUUUGCCAAUCUCCCAGUCGGCAUCCCCAUGUCCAUCACGUUCCAGAAGUACCACUUGGAUCACCAUAACUAUCAGGGGAUCCAGGGCCUGGACGUCGACAUCCCCAGCUACAGCGAGGGCCGGAUCGUCAGGAACACCGCUAGCAAGAUCGUCUGGGUGUUCUUCCAGCUCUUCUUCUACGCUCUCCGGCCACUCUUCGUCAAUCCAAAGCCUCCAGGACUCUGGGAGGCGCUUAACUUAUCAGCACAGCUACUCUUCGAUGCCGCCUUGGUAUACUUCGCGGGCUACAAGCCACUGGCCUUUCUCAUCCUCUCGACGUUCCUGGGUGGCGGACUCCAUCCCAUGGCCGGGCACUUCAUCUCCGAGCACUACGUCUUCCAAAAGGGCCAGGAGACGUACUCUUACUACGGCCCGCUCAAUCUCCUCACCUGGAACGUCGGCUACCACAACGAGCACCACGACUUCCCGCGGAUCCCCGGCAGCAAGCUCUACAAGCUCAAGCAGAUCGCUCCAGAGUUCUACGAGGGGCUAGCCUCGCACAGCUCCUGGAUCGAGGUGAUCUACAGAUACAUCACGGAUCCCACCAUCGGGCCCUUUUGCCGAACGAUCCGGAGGCCCGAGAACAACAUGCUUUGCCGGAGACUCAACGAGAUGGGUAUCAAGAAGAGCUCUUGAGCGCCACCAUCGCCUCCUCAACAAGACAAGCUUUGAUGGUGACGACGAAAGCGAAGACAAAGGCGAAGAAGUGGUGCUAUGGAAACUAAGAUCAUGGUCCUCGGCAGAAUCGGCAUACAGGCUCGCAAGCAG